UUCACUAAAAAGCUCGAGAUAAUAGCGUCAACCUUUCGCCAAGCCUAAAAAGAAAAGUGGGAAGAUAGAAAAUAAGAAGAAAUCCAAAAGAUCCAAUCAAACGCUGCAAAACUUGACAAACAUCAAAGACACGUAAAUUCCGUUCUGUUGGUCCCAAACCCAACCUUGGAAACUAAAUGAAGCCUGUGUGCGUAACUUGGCCAAAUACCGCAACGCUGGAUCUUAGACGACGGCAACAAAUUAGCCAGCUUGCCAUAGACUUGCAAGUUUGAAGUAAAAAAAGCCAGCCAAAAGUACGCAAAGGUUUUAUCGCUUGCUUAGCGUCAGACUCAGCUUCAGGUUCAUCAAUAGCUGAACUCGGUUGUGUUUGUGCUGGAAAGCAAAGCCAACUGUUUUCAUCCAUAAAAAAAAGCCUGCAGGCAUACGAGGUGUGUGUGUGUGUUAUUUUUUGAGAGCGCCAAAGGAUUCAUUAAAAAACCGCCAACCUGGAACUAAUGGAAUUAGAGAAUAUUGUGGCCAAUACGGUCUACUUGAAAGCGAGAGAAGGUGGUUCGGACAGCAACAAGGGAAAAAGUAAAAAAUGGCGCAAAAUAUUACAAUUUCCACACAUAUCGCAGUGCAUCCACCUGAAAGACAAAUUAGACAUAAGCUAUGGCUACGUGAUAGAUAUGCAGCCCAUUGGUCGUGAGUUGUUUCGUCAGUUUUGCGAGAACAAACGGCCCGUUUACUUUCGCUACAUUACCUUCCUGGAACAGGUAGUGAAAUAUGAGAUCGAGUAUAUUGUGAAUCGGAUAUUCAUGGGUCAUGACAUUGGGCGACGCUUCUUGGACAUUGAGCCGCUGCUGUCCAAUUUCGAGGAUGGAGAUGAACUGGAUUUGGAGACGCGGGAGGAACUGCUGCAUAAUAGCAGCAAUGCCAAUCCAACUGAAACAGCUGAGACUGAACAUUGCAACAAUACCACCGCCAACAACUGCAACAACAUCAACAGCCGCAGCAAUCACAAGAAGCUGCAACAGGAUACACACAAUCACAACGGUGAGGAUUCAACGCUGAAUGGUGUUGGCGUCGUCGAUGGCAGCGCGGAGAACGAUGGCGAUGAGGGUGUCGAGUGCGAGGGCAGUCAGGAUGCGGACAAGGGUGCGGGCUCUGGAUCGGGGUGCGGUUCGGGCUCCGAUGAACUGGUCCUCGACGUUCUCAACGAUGAUCUCAUUGCACAAGUGCGCCGAAAACUGAACAGCGGCGGCAAGGAUCUCUUUGUCCAUUGUGUGAAAGCAGUGAAGGCCUUCCUCGCCGGCGAACCCUUUCGCGAGUUCGAGAACUCCAUGUACUUUCAUCGCUACUUGCAGUGGAAGUGGCUCGAGGCACAGCCAAUUACAUACAAAACCUUUCGCAUGUACCGUGUUCUUGGCAAGGGCGGAUUCGGUGAGGUGUGCGCGUGUCAGGUGCGCGCCACUGGCAAAAUGUAUGCGUGCAAAAAGCUGGAGAAAAAACGCAUAAAAAAGCGCAAGGGCGAGUCCAUGGUGCUCAUCGAGAAGCAGAUACUGCAGAAAAUCAACUCACCCUUCGUUGUCAAUUUGGCCUACGCGUACGAAACAAAGGAUGCCCUCUGCCUGGUCCUAACCAUAAUGAAUGGCGGGGAUUUGAAAUUUCACAUUUACAACAUGGGCGGCGAGCCGGGCUUUGAGCUGGAACGGGCUCGAUUCUAUGCCGCCGAGGUGGGCUGCGGACUGCAGCAUCUGCACAAACAGGGCAUUGUCUACAGGGACUGCAAGCCAGAGAAUAUACUGCUCGACGAUCAUGGGCAUGUGCGCAUCUCCGACUUGGGUCUGGCUGUGGAGAUACCUGAGGGUGAAAUGGUUCGUGGACGUGUCGGCACUGUGGGCUACAUGGCGCCGGAGGUGAUUGAUAAUGACAAAUACGCUUUCUCGCCGGAUUGGUUUAGUUUCGGUUGCCUGCUCUAUGAAAUGAUCGAGGGUCAAGCGCCAUUUCGCAUGCGCAAGGAGAAGGUGAAGCGGGAGGAGGUGGACAGGCGUGUCAAGGAGGAUGCCGAAAAGUAUUCGAGCAAGUUUAAUGAUGAAGCCAAAUCAAUGUGCCAACAGCUGUUAGCUAAAUCGAUAAAGCAACGUUUGGGUUGCCGCAAUGGACGCAUGGGUGCCCAGGAGGUGAUGGCCCAUCCAUUUUUCCACUCCACACAGCUGAACUGGCGACGCUUAGAAGCCGGCAUGCUAGAGCCACCAUUUGUGCCAGACCCGCACGCCGUUUACGCCAAAGAUGUGCUCGAUAUUGAACAGUUCUCGACCGUUAAGGGCGUCAAUAUCGACGAGUCCGAUACGAAUUUUUAUACGAAAUUCAAUACGGGCUCCGUAUCGAUUUCAUGGCAAACUGAAAUGAUGGAAACAGAAUGUUUUCGCGAGCUGAACGUCUUCGGACCCGAUGAGUGCCCAACGCCCGAUUUGUUGAUCAAUGCCCAACCGGAACCAGACAAGGCCGGCUGUUUUCCUUUCAGGCGCAAGAAGAAGCAGCCGGCUCGCACACAGCCAAUACCCAUUCCUGAGCACCUGCUAACCACUAGUCACAGCGUGUCAUCGACGACAGUUGAGAGCUGAUAGCAUAGAUUAGUAAAAGCCCAAAGCAACGCCUAACUAACGUAAAUAGCACAAAUUGCGAACCGCAGAAACGCACAGUUAAACCCGAUUUGCGGGUGGGAAAAUGAUGCACAACUGAAACUCAUUGCAAUUCACGAACAACCACAUCAUCAAUGACGAAGCAUGUUCGAAACAAUUCCUUACAUAAUAUAUAAAAAUAUAUAUAUAUAUAAAGGCAUAUACAUACAUAUACGUGUGUGAGUGUAUUUUUCACAUCAAUUUUCUAAUGAAAAUAAAUUGAGUUUGAACAAAAUUACAAAUUGCAAAUUGGAAUGCAAGAAAAUUUCUAAAAACUUCAAAAUAUAUACAGCAAGUAAUUUAUAUUUAUAAAUGUUUUCCAAAAAAACAAAAAAAAAAAAAACAGAAA